UGGAUGUGUAUUCAUUUAAGUUUUGAACCCUGACCUCCGGCGGUCGGUUUCUUGGAAACCUGCCCGGAGGCGGGGCGUGCCUGGCACCGGUCAACUCAGCGGGCGUCUUCCUCCAGAUGUCCGGAAGCGCCGCCCGUUAUCUUUAGCGCUUGACCACUAGCUAACCUCCAGUGUCAGAAACACUCUGCGAUCCGCCGCAUGCAGCAACGCGGCUAGCUAUCCUCUCUGCAGCUCCGAUUCUCAGCCAUGCCGUCUCCACGCCAGAGCAACAGAAAAUGGAAAGGUUGCGGCAAGCUCGCCCGAGACCACCCGUAUGGACUGACUGGGAAAUAUUGCCAGGGUUUUCCACUAUCUACCGACUCCGAGGUGGUUCCGCCGCCGAAGCCGACAGAGACAACAGACCCGACGGAGUCGACGGACCCGACAGAGUCGACAGCCCCGAAAGAGUCGACGGAACCGACAUCAGGGUCCACCGCACAGACAGAGCAGGAGCUGGAGACAACAGAGCAGGAUCUGGAGACGCUUCAGCAGCAGCAUGAGGCCUUAACAACAGCGCUGCAGAAAGCCAAACUGGCUAAGGAAAUAGGGGAGAUGCAGGCGGCCUUGCAGGCGCUUCAGGUAUCGACUAAAACACUGCCAGCGGCGCCUCCUCUCUCGGGCCCAACAGCGUCAGUACCCAGCCCUCCAGCCGACGGGACACCACCACCGCCGGGCACAACGGCGCCAGUACCCAGCCCUCCAGCCGACGGGACACCAUCACCGCCGGGCACAACGGCGCCAGUACCCAGCCCAGCCGACGGGACCCCACCACCGCCGGGCCCUACAGCACCUGUUGUUCGAGUGGAGGUAUUCUUCAGGAAGGUACUGGUGACAGACCUGGAGCAGGACCAAACCUACGAAUGCCUCUGUAGCGGGGACAAAGCCGUUACCGACGACAAGAGUCUGUGGUUUGACUGUAGGCAGUGGAGAAAGUUUGCUGGAAACUAUGAGUGGAGUGAGUAA